CAAUCGGUCUUGGAGCCGCCUGCAGCUCCUCCAUCAUCCAAUCAGUGAUCUAUUCCGAAAAAAGGAAACAAACUUUUUUAAAAUCAAAUCCGAUUUUUUAAAAACCGAACUCGUUUUUUUUUACGAAACCGUUUCCGAGGAAACCCUUUCACCCACCAAGGACAUCAGUUGUAGACCGCUAACCGUAGCCGACACAACUGUACCCUUCUAAGCCAAGCUUAGAGAAAAAAAACUCAACCGAAAAGCCAAGAAAUUUCCAUUUCCUUUUUGCUACGCGCACAAGAAGCCAAAAAACCCCUGAACUAUAGAAUGGUAGAAGGUGAUUCCGCAAAGGGCAAAAACGAAUCCUAUAAUGUAGAAGCUGGACUACAACCCAACUACAACCAGAGCGCAGCAAGCAACCAAGCCACCAACUCGCCCAGCCACCAUCCAGGCCAGGGAAACGCGAAUCCUCACAUCGACAACCGUGCGAUCAUCCAGCCGUACUCGCUGAGCGUUGGCCCCAAACAGCCGGAAUACCAAUUUGCGGCGGACAAUCGCGGCUACGAGUCCGAUAGCCACGUUACCAAUGGCAAGCAGCAGGACGUAGAGCGUGCCGCCGGUGACGCCUCCGAUGGCGGACAUGUUUCCGGCGGAGGUGGUGGCGGAGGCGGUCCCGGCAAGGGCCGCAAGAAGUCGGCACCCUUGCCGGAGCCCACAGCACCGAUAGUCGCCAACUUUGAGCGGGCCAUCGAGCUGUGCGGCUAUGGCAAGUUCCAUUAUAUUUUGCUGGCCAUCUGCGGACUGGUCAGCACCUCGGAGGAGAUGGACGUCAUUUCGAUGUCCUUCAUCCUGCCGUCGGCGGAAUGUGAUCUGGACUUGAACACGGAGACCAAGGGCUGGCUGAACUCGAUCAUCUUCAUUGGCAUGAUGGUGGGAGCGUACUUCUGGGGCAGCAUAGCCGAUUCCUUUGGCCGGAAGAAGGUGCUCAUCGUCAUCUCGUUCAUGAAUGCCUUCUGCAUCGUCGCCUCCUCCUUCUCGCAGAGCUACUCCUUCUUUAUGCUGUUCCGGUUUCUCAAUGGUGCAGCUCUGGGCGGCAGUGGUCCUGUGAUCUGGUCAUACUUUGCCGAGUUCCAGCCCAAGGCCAAGCGCGGCUCCAUGCUGAGCUUCAUGGCCGCCUUCUGGACGUUCGGCAACCUGUUCGUGGCCAGCCUGGCCUGGCUCAUCAUCCCGACGAACAUCGGCUUCAUCACCGCCUAUUUCACGUACAACUCGUGGCGUAUCUUCCUGCUGGUCUGCUCCCUGCCCUCGUUCCUGGUCGGUUUCCUGCUCUUCUACCUGCCGGAAUCCCCCAAAUUCCUGCUGACCCGCGGCAAAAAGGAUCGCGCCCUGGCCAUCUUCCGUGGCAUUUUCGUGACGAACACCAAGCGCCGGCCGGACGAGUACAUGGUCUAUGACCUGGAGGUCGACGAGAAGCUGCUGGAGAGCUCGGCCAGUGUGAAGAACAAGUAUUCCCGCAUGAUUAGCGGUAUGGUGGAGCACAGCAAGGCCCUCUUCCAGUCGCCCAUCCUGCGCUUCACCAUCGUCUCGAUCACGAUCAACUUUACAUUCCACAUUGGCUACUACGGCCUGUUGAUGUGGUUCCCGGAGCUGUUCAACCGGUUCGAGGAGUACGAGAAGGCCUUCCCCGGCCAGUCGGCCGGCGUCUGCACCGUCACCGAUUACGUGGUGAAUGUGACCCGCAUGGAGGAGUCCACGAACGCCACCUGCUCCUCGGAGAUCCCACAAUCGGUCUUCAUGGAGUCCCUGAUAUCGCUGGCCUCCGCCCUGCCGGCCAACCUGCUGGCCAUUCUGGGCAUGGACAUGCUGGGCAGGAAGUUCUUCCUGAUCGCCGGCACAAUGACGGCCGGCAUCUGUUCGGCAUUGAUGUACUUCGUCCGCAGCUCCUUGCAGAACCUGAUCGUCUCGGCGAUCUUCAGUGGCGCCAUCUCGGCGGCCAACGCAGCCCUCGACUGCCUCAUUACCGAAGUAUUCCCCACCAAGCUGCGCGCCACCGGCGUGGCCAUUUCGAUGGUGGCGGCCCGUCUGGGCGGCAUCAUCGGCAACAUCGUGAUCGCCCAGCUGCUGGACAACUACUGUCCAUCCCCAACGUUUAUCGUUUCGGGCCUGCUCAUCGGCGGCGGUCUCAUGUGCCUGCUCCUGCCGAACACGACGCGCAAGGAACUCAACUAAUCACCCUUAGUCGCCCCUAAACCUUCCUCCAUCCACCGAUCGGCAAUAGAACCUAAUCCAUAAACCAAAAACAUAGAGACACCUGGCUUAGCUUUGAGCUUUGAUGGCAUUUCCCAUCUCUAAUUUCACCUUUCCUUCUGUAUCCUUUCUCUUUCAAAAGCCUAAAAGCUCGAUCUUUAAGAGAGCUUUAAACUUGCUCUUUCCUAUCUCUUUCUUUAAUCACUAACCUCAAACUCAAAGAGAAAGCUCUAUGUAAACCACACUUUCCUGCAGUGUAACUGCAUCUGUGUAUAUAUGGUGUUACCCGAUAUAUAGUAUAUCGUCAGUAAUUUAAACAAUAGCGAUAAAGAUUUCUUUGUGUGUCUAAUUGAGAAGAGCCUCACCCACAGCCAUGAGUCGAAAACUUAAAAAAAAAAACAUAAAAUAUUCAUCUAAAAUCAGGUAGUUAAGUCUGGAAAAGCCAACAAGAAAAACAUAUCAGUACACUAGAAAAAAAACUAACCAAUAGUCCAAAACUGAAGAUCCAAACCAAAGCCCUACAUAGACCACCACCCCUCCAAGCCCAGAAUUUAAUUCCAGAUUUGAGACAGUAUUUUUUCGCUCAGUGCUGCGAAACAAAAAACACAAAACAAAUAGAAAACACAAAAAAAAAGCAUACGCAAGGAUGAGAAAACGAAAACCCAAGCCAGCGAGAAGAUAUAGAAGGUAGGAUCGGUAGCGAUCGAUGUAUAUGUAUUGUAUGUACGAUGUGUAUUUUGUGUAGUUGUGGUAGUGAGUAUAUAAUACUAUAUAUUUUGGCAAGCGCCGGCGCCGGCUGAAGCAGCAGCAGCACAAGCGUGGCUGGUGGCAGCGGAUAACGAUACCAAAAUCGAUAAUAAUCGAUAAACACAGAACGUAUAAUCGAAGCAGUUAGCUACCUACCCACCACCAGCCCGCCUUCUGCUGCCUGUUAUUGUUGUUAUUAUUGCUAUUAUUAAUGCAUAUGAUAUAUGCGUAUGUGUCUUACAUUACGUAUUAAACAUUAUUAUUAUUACUAUAAAACAAACAAAAAAACUAAAACUAAAAUAAAUGAGAAAAAAACAUACAUAUAUCAAGUACCAUUUUCUAUAACAUAUACACGCAUAUCUAUACCAAUUUUUUUUUUGUUUUUUUUCGUAGUCGUCAUGUAGGACCAAAGCACAGGAAGUGAAAGAAUAUUUGUAAAACUUAGUUACGUUAUUAAAAGUUACGCUAUAUAUACAUACAACAACAAAUCCCUAAUAAAAAAGAACAAACCAAAA